CAUCAACAUAUCGUAAAACACAAAAAAAAGAAACCCGGAGACCGGAGCGGGCCAAUAUCGAAAAUCCAAUUCCAAUUCGCUCGACUCGUCGCUGUCCCUCUAAUGUUUUCCCCUUUGACAGCUGAGUCAGCUAUUCGGGUAUAGUUGAGCAGAAUAAUAAGCGAAAUUAUACCAAAGUCGUUUUGAAGUUUCUUCGGUUUGAGCUGAAAACAUUCCACUGACUACCAUUUCAGUUUAUCCGAAGGAAAACUGUGACUAGUGAUCACAUUACUCCAACUUCAGUUCGCCAACAGCAGCAGCAUCAUCAUCAUCACCAUCAUCUAGUUAGAAGUGUGCUACUUUUCAGAAAGAAAAGAACAUACCUCAGGAGGGGAGAACAAGUUGGGAAGCGUGAAAAAGUAAUUUGAACCUUUAAAUAGUCCAAUGAGCUCACGACGCUCUGCAAGACAAACUACUUUGCCGAAACACCAAAGACUAAAAGUGUGAAAACUAAUGAAAGACAAAAGAAGAAGCGCAAAAGAAAUUUAACGAACGGAGCUCAAACUCAAACUGGAAACUUUCUCGCGGAGAAAGAGAACCCCACUUACAAUUAACAGCCCAGGCAACAGCAGUCCAAGUUCAGAGCAAACCUUAGAACCCGUCCGAUUCUGUUUGGACCAACAUCGCGGGACUUUUCGCUGACAGUUGACGUAUGCUGAGACCGCAAGCAAAGAGGAAAAUGUGGAGCUGGAAAACAACGAGGAGCGGCAAUCGCAGCUGCAGCCCGAUGGCCAAUUCCCCGGCACCGGCUUUAAUGCUCCUCCCCCUUAUCGUGUUCUCCCAUUUGGGUGUCAUCCUGGCUGUCGGACUGAAGGCCGGCGGAUCCAUCGAGCUGGCAACCGGCAGCCCGUCACUGAACAUAAACAAUGACGACAGCAACAGCCUGGAGCAGCUCAUCGAGAUGAGGCUGAAUGAGUCCCAAUCCGCAUCCGUUCAAGGCAGGCGGUCGGAAGAGCUGUUGUCCAGGAAACGACGCUAUUUGGUAUUUCCGGAGGGCAGCUCCUUUCAGAUCGUGUACGACGAAAUUGUGGGAGUUGUGGACCAUACGAACUACUUGAUUCUGGGCAUCACGGUGGCUUUGGCCUGGGAGCUGCCCAGCAAACCACCCAGCGAGGAACUGGACGAUCUGCUGACCAAGCUGGAGGAUGGUACUCUGGACAUAAGUCGCAACGACACCGUGUCGAAUAUAACCUAUGUGGAUGAUGCCGCCAACGACCAGACAACGACCGGCAGUCCCUUGCAUUACAAACCAAACUACAUUAACUUGUCAAGCUACAAGAGUGGCAGCAACUCCUACUACAGUUCCUCGCCCAUUUUCCGGACUCCGAUGCAUCCGUCUCAUCAGUAUGCUGACAGUUAUUACAGCCGACCGAAGGGAGGCAGGCGCAAGGACCACAACUACUACUACGGUCGGCCGGGGAUGAGCUCCAGGAAUCCUUUCGCCAAGUGGACACGUCCCUAUACUCCCGCCAAGAACUCCCGGUACCCCUACUGGGCGCUCUCCUCGAGACUUAAAGAUCGUUACUAUGGCAAUAGGCAGACACUAAGGCGACAAGAUGUCCCACCAAGGACCACCACCACCACAACCACCAGGCGUCCCACUCGUCCUCCAGCACCGCGACACCAUCGCAUAUACCCAGUGUUUGGAAAGCGCAGUAUUCCAGAUGCAGAAAAUCCGCAUAAACGGCAGCGGCGUAGUGGAGUGGCCAGUGAGCACGAGGAGCACUUGACCAGACUGGAGGAGCUGCAGAUAAAACAUCACCGUAGGAGUCGUCAGUCCUUGUACGAGCGAAUAGAAAAGUAUUUAGACAAACGUGGUCACCACGGUUACCACUGUGUUCUCCGCACCCUCUGCGAAACGGGACAAAAGUCUAAAGAGCAGGAGCCUGGCACAUUUGUGGGCGAACUAAUGCGAGCGGUGUUCACCAUUCCAGAGGCCCUGGACAACGAACCGGUCGCCUACCGCGACACCCACUACGACAAGGCACACGCCGCCAAAGAGGACUGCGCCACUCUCUAUCCGGAGUGCAAACAGUCCAUGUGGGCGGCGCAGUUCAUCCAAUAAACCCCCACAUCCCAAGUCCUUUUUAAUGCGUUUUAUUCAAUUCCAUUUGCCUCCCAGCAGCCAUGCUAAAAUAUUAAGCUUACAAGAAUCGCGAAAGUGGCGGUCGCAAUCGUCUGCAUUCA